AGAUAGACACAUAUAUACACCAUAUAUAUAUAUAUAUUAUAAUUUCCUCAACAAAAAAAUUCUCUCGAAUGUUUUUAUUAAUUUAUACCUUUCACAUCCCAAACUCUCACACUUUCUCUUCUUCUUCUUCUUCUCCUCCUUCUUCUUCGUCGUUUAGUAACUCUCUCUAUCUCUCCUCUUUGUUCUCUCUCUCUCUUUUUCCUGAUUUGCAGUACUGUCUAAGAUCUUAAUCCGCUCGACCAAGUUUGUUCCUUUUAGCAUAAUUUGGGGAUUUUUUCCCCAUAAAUUCUCACUUUGUCUUCUUCUUGUGUCGGUUAGGUUUUCAAGAAAAACCCUCUUUUGUCUUGUCUCCUCAAAAUCAGUUGCUUCUUCUCUAUAAUAAUAGAGGGUUUAUUCAAAUCUUCUCUCUGUAGCCUCUCUCUUGGCCCUCUCUCUCUAAUACUCCAACCCUCGGAUAUGAUCGAAAGAGCUUUGUUAUUAUCUUUGCAACUACACGCAGACGCAUAGGAGAAAAUUGAUCAAAGAUAUUAGAGAUUGAGAUGAACAAGAGUAAUCCUGCUGGCUCGGUGACUGGUUCGGAUAUAAUCGACGCAAAGAUCGAAGAACAUCAACUUUGUGGAUCCAAGAAGUGUCCUAGCUGCGGCCACAAGCUCGAAGGCAAACCACAGGAUUGGGUUGGUUUACCAGCAGGAGUGAAAUUUGACCCAACCGAUCAAGAAUUGAUAGAACAUUUAGAAGCGAAAGUCUUAGCUAAAGACUUUAAAUCUCACCCUCUCAUUGACGAAUUCAUCCCAACCAUUGAAGGCGAAGACGGCAUUUGCUACACUCACCCCGAGAAACUUCCUGGAGUGACUAGAGAUGGUUUAAGCCGGCACUUCUUUCAUAGACCAUCAAAGGCGUACACGACGGGAACAAGAAAGCGAAGAAAGAUUCAAACGGAAUGUGACAAUAAUCUGCAAGGAAGCAGUAGCUCCGGUGAGACGAGGUGGCAUAAGACCGGUAAGACAAGGCCGGUUAUGGUAAACGGUAAACAAAAAGGUUGUAAGAAGAUUUUGGUUUUGUAUACCAAUUUUGGAAAGAAUCGAAAACCGGAGAAAACCAAUUGGGUAAUGCAUCAAUAUCAUUUGGGGACACAUGAAGAAGAGAAAGAAGGAGAACUUGUUGUGUCUAAGAUCUUUUAUCAAACUCAGCCUAGGCAAUGCAACUGGUCGUCUUCUACAUCGAGCUUGAACGCUUUAGGUGGUGGAGGCGGUGAAGCGAGUAGCGGCGGAGGCGGUGGAGAGUAUCAUAUGAGGAGAGAUAGUGGGACAACUAGUGGUGGGAGUUGUUCUUCGUCUAGAGAGAUUAUUAAUGUUAAUCCUCCAAAUCGGUCCGAUGAAAUAGGCGGUGUUGGUGGUGGCGUUAUGGCCGUAGCAGCUGCCGCUGCGGCGGUUGCGGCUGGGCUUCCGAGUUAUGCAAUGGAUCAACUCAGCUUUGUUCCGUUUAUGAAAAGCUUUGAUGAGGUGGCGAGGAGGGAAACUCCUCAGACCGGGCACGCUACAUGUGAGAAUGUAAUGGCAGAACAACAUCGUCAUCGUCAUCAAGCAUCAUCAUCAGCAUCACAUCAUAUGGCUCAUGAUCAUCGCCAUCAUCAUCAUCAACAACAACAACGGCAUCAUGCAUUCAACAUAAGCCAGCCAACACAUCCAAUAUCAACCAUUAUUUCUCCAUCUACUUCGCUUCACCAUGCCUCCAUUAAUAUCCUCGACGAGAAUCCUUAUCAUGUUCAUAGAAUCAUGCUCCCCAAUGAAAAUUACCAGACACAACAGCAACAACGUCAAGAUGGAGAUGAAGAACAUAAUGAUGGGAAGAUGGGAGGAAGGUCAGCUUCUGGAUUGGAAGAACUCAUAAUGGGCUGCACUUCUUCUACCACUCAUCAUGAUGUAAAAGAUGGGUCAUCAUCAGUGGGGAACCAACAAGAAGCAGAAUGGUUGAAGUACUCAACGUUUUGGCCAGCCCCUGACUCUUCUGACAACCAAGAUCAUCAUGGGUAAUUGUGCCAUUUUCCAGUCUGAUGAUCAUGUCGACCCACAUCACAAAAAGAUGGUACUAUCAUACCUAUCAUGAUGCUCUCAUAGUCAUCAUCAUCAUGGCAUCUCCAUGGAAAGUGGCAUAUAGUUCGAUUUUGGACCAAGCAAUGGUGGAGGGUUUUUUAAGCAGCACCAAAGAUCAAGUGCCUUUUUUUGUUAUAUAGUUCAAAAGGAUUUUGAUAUAUAAAAAAAAAGGAAAAAAAAAGAAAGGAUAAAGCAUGAGAGAAAAAGCUGUUAUAUUCCAAAGAGACUAAGAAGAAAAAAAGCAAGGAAAAUUGCAUGAAAAUCAUCAACAGUCCAUAUAAAAUUAGAUAUAAGUAUGUUUAUUACAUGUUAUUUUAAAUUCAUUUCUUUUGUUGUUCGAUUUCUUUGUUUUUGUUAAUUAGGAUAUAUGAAUUGUAUAAUUUAUUGUUUUUUUUUUUGUUUAAUAUAUAUGUUGGUAUAUAAUACUAGCUAGUAUUAUUUGCUUGUUA